AGAAGCCAUUCAUGUGCAAGGAAUGUGGAAAAGCAUUUCCAAGGAAAGAUCUACUUACAAUUCAUAUGAGAAUCCACACUGGAGAGAAGCCAUUCAAAUGCAAUGAUUGUGGGAAAGCAUUUUCCCACAAACUAAGUCUUACAAGUCAUAUGAGAAUCCAUACCGGAGAAAAGCCAUUCAUGUGCAAAGAAUGUGGGAAAGCAUUUUCCCAGAAGCCAAAUCUUACAAGUCAUAUGAGAAUCCAUACCGGAGAGAAGCCAUUCAUGUGCAAGGAAUGUGGGAAAGCAUUUUCCCACAAACCAAGUCUUACACUUCAUAUGAGAUUGCAUACCGGAGAGAAGCCAUUCAUGUGCAAGGAAUGUGGGAAAGCAUUUUCCCACAAACCAAGUCUUACAAGUCAUAUGAGAAUCCAUAUGGGAGAGAAGCCAUUCAUGUGCAAGAAAUGUGGGAAAGCAUUUUCCCACAAACCAAGUCUUACAAGUCAUAUGAGAAUCCAUACCGGAGAGAAGCCAUUCAUGUGCAAUGAAUGUGGAAAAGCAUUUCCAAGGAAAGAUCUACUUACAAUGCAUAUGAGAAUCCACACUGGAGAAAAGCCAUUCAAAUGCAAUGAUUGUGGGAAAGCAUUUUCCCACAAACUAAGUCUUACUCUUCAUAUGAGAAUCCAUACCGGAGAGAAGCCAUUCAUGUGCAAGGAAUGUGGAAAAGCAUUUCCAAGGAAAGAUCUACUUACAAUUCAUAUGAGAAUCCACACUGGAGAGAAGCCAUUCAAAUGCAAUGAUUGUGGGAAAGCAUUUUCCCACAAACCAAGUCUUACAAGUCAUAUGAGAAUCCAUACCGGAGAGAAGCCAUUCAUGUGCAAAGAAUGUGGGAAAGCAUUUUCCCAGAAGCCAAGUCUUACAAGUCAUAUGAGAAUCCAUACCGGAGAGAAGCCAUUCAUGUGCAAGGAAUGUGGGAAAACAUUUUCCCACAAACCAAGUCUUACACUUCAUAUGAGAUUGCAUACCAGAGAGGAAAAAGAAACAACAUAAUAAAAUAAACCAGUUAAGGGCAGAGAUCUCUCAAAUGACCAACUAUAUGACAGAUCAAAAUCACUCACAAAAUCUGCUCAAGAAAAUAAGGAAAAUAAAGAAAAAUACAGAAUAGGCCAUGAACAAGUGUCUGGAAAGCUGGGAGACCACUAAGCCAAUAUAAAGGCCCUAGCUUCACAAAUAGGAAACAAACAACAGAAGAUAAAAGCAAAACAGAUAAAUAAUCAUUUUGGCAAAAUUCCAAAGAUUGUAUAUCGAAAGAUGACGAAAGAAACAGUGGAGGUACGAACACCACCGAGCAAGGAAGACUUAGAGAGAUUUAGGAAGCCACUGUUUGAAGACCCUAGACAAAACCAAGAGAAUUCAUUGACUCACAUUAUUAGGCAGAACAGCUAGAAACAGCAAAUGCCACCAGUAAGGUUCACCAUCGAAAAAGUAACAAAGAAAAUAAAAGAAUAUAAUAAUGACAAGAUAACAGUAAAAGACAAGAUCUUAAAUUUCUGGCAAAAAAAAGAUCACAGCACUACACCACAUUUAUGUGCAAGCCUUCUCAAGAAUAGUAAGAGAAGAAGAAUCACCGCUCACAACAAGAAAUACCAACCCUCUUCCUAAAAGCUCCGAGACUGAGCUCCCUAACAAAUAUAGGCCCAUCUUCUGCCUACCAACAACCUACAAAUGGCUCACAGGAGUCAUAGCAGACGACAUCUGUGAACACCUAGAUCAAGGCAAAUAUAUGGAAAAAGAACGAAAGAGAUGCACAAGAAACAAACUAAGCACUAAAGGUCAACUGCUAAUAAACAAAACAAUAUUAGAGGAUUGUAAGAAAAGACAAAGGAAUCUUAAUAUGGCUUGGAUAGAUUACAAGAAGGCAUUUGACACCUUCCCGUGCACCUGGAUAUUCAAAUGAAUGGAAUUAGGCAACAUCAAUGAGGAAAUAAGAUCUUUCUUGGCAGCACAGAUGAAUAAGUGGAAGACCACUCUCUGUCUAAAACACUGUGAGGGCUAGAUAGUAAUUCCAGACAUAAUGAUCCAAAGAAGAAUAUUCCAGGGUGACAGCCUCCCGCCACUUCUAUUCUGCUUGACCAUAGAUCCACUUAGUAAAAUCUUGAACAACAUUAAUACUGGCUAUGACCUAAGCAAAAGCAGAAGCAGAAAAGUGAAUGAAAGAGUGAACCACCGGCUCUUCAUGGAUGACCUGAUGUUAUGCAGAUUCAGAGGAAAAAUUGGAAGAAUUAGUUAGGACAGUCUACCAAUUCUCAAAUGACAUCUGCAUGGAAUUUGGGUUGGACAAGUGUGCCAAGAGUACAAUAAAGAGAGGGAAGAAAGUAACAUCAGAAAGAAUAAAAGGAGAGGAAGGCAUGUUUGUUGAAGACCUGGUAGAGAAAUCUGCAUAUAAGUAAUUGGGAAUGGAGAGAACACUGGUAUAGAAUACAAGAAAGUGAGAGGAAAGAUAAAGAAAGAACACAUCAGCUGCUUAAAGAAGAUAUGUAAGUUAGAAUUAACACCAAAGAACAAGAUCACUGCCAUAAACCAGCUGGCGAUACCAGUAGUAACAUAUGGUUGUGGUAUUGUAGACUGGCCACAAGGUGAGUUAGACAGGAUGGACAUUAAAACCAGGAAGAUUCUCACCCUACAUAAAGUCACAUACAGACACCAGUGUAUGGACAGUAUACUUUCCUCACAGAGAAGGUGGAUUAGGCCUGACUGAGAUCAACCAGGCCUACAGAGCAGCAAUAGUAAGUAUAGGUCAGUACUUGAAAAGCUCUGAGGACAAAAAACAUCAAAAAGGUUGCCCAACACCAUAAUGGAGCUCUGAGCCAACUAGCAUCAAUAACAAAACAGGCUAAGAACUUCGCUGGAGAUCCGCUAGAAGACACAGAGGGUACUGAACAGACUCCAGCAACAACAAUAGCCACCAAAACUAGGCAGAAAUACAGUCAUACAGAGGAGAGACUUAAAAUGGAAAGGUGGAAAGGCCAUGGUAGGAAAGGAAGAUUUCAAGAAUAAUUAGAAAAGUUACAUAGACAAAGAAGAUGCACUUAGAUGGAUAAGAAAUGGAGAUCUAGGUUAUGAUGGAGAAAUACUGAUAAUAGGAGCACAAGACCAAGGCCUCCUGACAGACAGCUUUGAAGUGAACGGAAAAGUGUGGGAGCACAAAGCAGAUCCAGUCACCUCCAAUAGGGCUGUUACUAUCUUUUAUGACAAGGAAAUUCCAACAGGAAGAUAUAUAGAAGGAGGUGCUAUAUGACCUGAUAUUGUCAUCUGGAACAAGAAGGAAUAAACAGCAAAGAUUAUAGAUGUGACAGUACCCAGUGACUUUGGCCUCAAUAGAGCUUAAAGGCAUAAAAUAACAAAAUGCCAAGACCUGAAGAAUGACCUGAAAAGCACAUGGGAACUGAAGGAAAUAGAAAAAAAUACCUUUGGUGGUAGGAGCAACAGGACUUAUAAAGAAAAACCGGAGAAAAUAUCUUCAGGUUAUACGAAAUUUCCCAGUAUAAAUAAGGUGCAGAUUGCUUCCCUCAAAGCCCUUGUAUAUAAGGCUAGUGGAAUAUAGAGGUGCAACCAUAGGCCCCAGGCUGGAGCCCAUUGCACCCUUGAUAUAAAUGGAAAAUUAAGAAUAACAUAAGCCAGAGAGAAACCAUAUAGUUGCUCUAUAUGUCAAAGAAGUUUUUCUCAAUCAAGUCCUCAUAAAAGACACGAGAAUUCACACGAGACAGAAACUGUUUACUUGAUCUCUGUCCAAGUAGUUUUUAUUACAUGAUUUUAUCUAACUUGACUUCUGCGUCUCUUUUGAAUGAAGAUGUCUUAAAAGGUGUGUGAAAACUCAUGCUAGAAGUCAUAUCCUGUAUCUGCACUUGGUUUCCAAGAAGUCUUUUUUUUCAUUAGGUUUUUUCAUUAGGUUCAUCUUAGAAUGUAUUUGUUAACUCAGAAGAAAGAUGUUAUUCUUCCACACGAUGUUGAAACAGUUUUUCUCUUGUAGAUUCAGAACAUAUGUGAGCACUCAUGGAGGAUAGAUAUUGUUCUUUUACACUGCAUGUUGUACUUUUGUCUUGUAUUCUGCAAGUCACAGUCAUUGGUUCUGAAUGCCACUGUUUUUCAGGUGUCAAAAUGCACAAGCAAAGUCACUCAUCAGAGACAAUAUUCAGUUGCACUGACAGAUUUGUUAAUGGUUUGCACCCCAAAGUAAGUUGCACUUGAUGUGGAGAUAAUUUUUGUUAACUUGUCUGCAAAAUCUAUAGAAAAAAAGGCAACAGCAACCUAAGGGACAAUAAAAAGAAAAACCACAUAUUUUUAUGAUCCAAUUGAUGACCAUCAUCAUUGCUGUUACUCAAAGAAGAGAAGGAGAAUCUGGAGGAAGGUCUCAGUGAAAAUGCAGAUGAAGGCUCUUCAUUUGCAGAGUCUUUAUUAGAAGUCAAGGCAGAGCCAAAGUAUUUUGGCCAGAGUAAAUUUGAUGCAGAAUGGUUGUGUAACUUUUAUGUAAAGGUAAAAUAAAUGACUUUUAGUUUUUUUUUUUACAAUUGUUCUCACUGAACACUGUACAGUGCUAGGUUAAGAAAUUUUCUUUUGCCUUUUCCACUUUUCUUGUUCCUGUGUAUUUUUUGCAUGAUUUCCUAAUAAAGAAUUAACAUUGUAUUUGGCUGACAUGAAGUUUUUUUGCUUUUGUUAUUCAGCAUUGUGCAUAUAUGCACUUGUGUAUGUAGUUGUAAGCUUGAAUAUUUCCAUGAAAUGUUAUUCUUAGUGGAAAUAGAAAGGAUUGAUAUCUUCAUUUAACUUCAAUGAAAUUUAGGUGCAGUUUUAUUUGAUUAUUUUUUAUUAUCUGUUCUUGGUUUUAAUCUUUUACAAAGAAUGUACUACAGCAUUUGUAAGUAAUUCGUGAUGCCUUGUAUUCAUUCACUAAAUACUACAGUGGCCUGUGUAGUAUUUUGUUUUAGGUUAACCAGUGUGAAGUGUUGAGAAGACUAGACUAGUUAUGUAAAUGACUAAAGUAAUGUAUUAUUCUGAUUAGAUU